AUGUAUGGGAAUUUAUUACGGUUGAACACUGCAGCCAUGAACCAAAUCGGACAGAUCAUGAAUCUUCUCAGCAACGAUGUCAUUCGCUUCGAUCAAUUAACAAUGUACUUGAAUUACAUAUGGAUCAUGUCUUUUAUGACCGCAAUCAUAGGAACAAUAAUGUGGCAAAAAGUCGGUAUUUUGUAUUUGGUUGGCAUUGGGACAUUGUUGAUCAUUGUCCUCCCAGGACAAGAGACUUUGUGCUUCUUGAAUCUCAAACUCAGAACCAUGAUUGCGCUACUGACGGACCGAAGAGUACAACUAAUGAGCGAACUUAUAGCUAGGAUACAGGCAAAUCAACAAUUAUCGACUGGUAUGCUGAUUUUAAACGCGGUCGUACGGACACCGACGAUGCACACCGCUCUGGUCGCCCAAAUGAGGCAGUUGUCCCCGAAAAAAUCAAGCAGGUCCAUAAAUUGGUUUUGUCCGACCGUAAAUUAA